GGCAGGAGACAGCGUGUUAGAGAUUUGGGUGAAGGAGACCCAGAAUGUGCGACACAGUUUGAGAAGGUCGAUGUGGCGGCUCAGGCACCACCCAGAGCUGCAAAGCAGAGCCUGAGAUUACCCUCCGGCCAGAUACCUCCCCCAGAGACCCCUGAGAAUCGACAGCGGGGGCGGGGUUGGGGAGGCACCUCCAAGGGUCAGAGGUGCCCAGUCCCAGACCGGCGAGCGCCGCCCUAAGCAAGACCAGGACAGAAGAUCAGAAGACAACGCCCCCAACCUCAGGUCGCUUGGGAGACCCCAGACGACCCUGGGGGCAUCCCAGGCCGUGUCCCAGCCAAAGCGACCUCACUCUGGUUGGGGGAAAUGGGGACUCGGCCUCUUCAGGGCCUCCUGCUCCUCUUCUUCCCGCUGCUGCCGCCACGCGGGGCGUCAGCUGGGAGUCUGCACAGUCCAGGCCUGUCUGAAUGCUUCCAGGUGAAUGGAGCUGACUACCGCGGCCAUCAGAACUAUACCGGUCCGCGCGGGGCCGGACGCCCAUGUCUCUUCUGGGACCAGACGCAGCAGCACAGCUACAGCAGCGCCAGCGACCCCCAGGGCCGCUGGGGGCUGGGCGCGCACAACUUCUGCAGGAACCCAGAUGGUGAUGUGCAGCCGUGGUGUUAUGUGGCUGAGACAGAAGAGGGCAUCUACUGGCGCUACUGUGACAUCCCCACCUGUCACAUGCCUGGAUACCUGGGCUGCUUCAUGGACUCUGGGACACCCCCAGCUCUCAGUGGCCCCAGUGGUACCUCCACAAAGCUCACAGUCCAGGUCUGCCUUCGCUUCUGCCGCAUGAAGGGUUACCAGCUGGCGGGUGUGGAGGCUGGUUAUGCCUGCUUCUGUGGCUCUGAAAGCGACCUGGCCCGGGGACGUCCAGCCCCUGCUACUGACUGUGAUCAGAUCUGUUUUGGCCACCCAGGCCAGCUGUGCGGUGGUGAUGGACGACUGGGCAUCUAUGAAGUGUCUGUGGGCUCGUGCCAGGGAAACUGGACAGCCCCUCAGGGUGUCAUCUACUCCCCGGAUUUUCCGGAUGAGUAUGGCCCAGACCGGAACUGCAGCUGGGUACUUCUCCAAACGGGAGCCGCGCUGGAACUCACCUUCCGUCUCUUCGAGUUGGCUGAUUCUCGAGAUCGUCUGGAGCUACGCGAUGCCUCGUCGAACCACCUGCUUCUGGCCUUCGACGGAAGCCACCCGCCACCGCCCGGACCGCUGCGCCUGCGUGCUGCUGCGCUGCUGCUCACCUUCCGCAGUGACGCGCGGGGACACGCGCAGGGCUUCGCGGUCUCCUACCGCGGGCUGCAGGACGCAGUGAAGGACCGCAUGGCCCCGGAGGGUUCGGCUGAGAGCCCCGCAGAAAACCCCAUGGGGGCUAACGUGAGCUGCAGUCCCAAGCCCGGAUCUGCACAGGCUGCGAUAGGGGUUCGGGUCUUCUCCACCGUGACGGCUGUCUCCGUGCUGCUGCUGCUGCUCCUGUCGCUGCUGCGUUUGCUGCGCCGACGGAGCUGUCUGCUGGCUCCAGGAAAAGGGCCUCUGGCCUUGGGACCUUCCCAGGGCCCCGGGAGAAGCUGGGCUGUGUGGUACCACCGGCCCCGAGGGGUGGCCGUGCCCUAUGCGCCAGGUGACCCUCAGACUGAGGGCCCUGCUGCGGGUUACCGGCCCCUGAGUGCCUCCAGCCAGAGCUCCUUGCGCUCACUCAUCUCUGCUCUCUGACCCUGGACAUCUGGGGUCUGUCACACCUUCUGCCUGUAAGAUGGAUACCUGAGAUGUUAUGUGGCACCCUACCUCGCAAGGCCUCGUGCCCCUUUAAAGGCAGCUCGAUCUCUGGUCAUCUCGGGGAGACCAGAAAUGGGACAGGACGCAUCCGGCGCUAUUGUCAGAACUUGGCCUGACCCUUGGGGUCCAGAGAUGGUCAAAGCCAAAGAGCAAGAGGCAUCCAAGACCCUAACCUAUGGACCUUGAUGUGAGGGGUGGUGUCUGGUUUCAGGGUUCUCUGAAACCCUCUUUGGUGUGGCCCUGGACUGCUGCCCUCUGAAAGGUCAGAGGUCAACAAAAGUGGUCUAAAGACCCACCAUAGACUUAAAAUAAAG